AUGAUACCGGCGACGGAGGCAUGGGCAUACCGGAGGUUUGAAGCGAAGAUCAAUGACCUUUUGCUCGCCGGUGGCGAAUCCUGCUCCACAGCCCUCACCGGUAUCACGACUUUUCUACUGCGAAGUCCCAGCGAGCUGGCUAUACUUGUAGACGAUAUCCGCACGGCUUUGGCACGUGAGACGGACAUGAUCUCGACGGCUGUGCACGAGUUGCGCCAUCUCGGCGUUUUCAUCGGAGAAAACCUGCGCCUCGCACCGUCUGUUCCUGUUGAUUUGGUCCGCGUCGUUGCGCCUGAGGGCUAG